AUCUCCAAAGGAGCCGCGCAGCCAUGGGAGUGCAUUACCUCAGCCAUGCAAUUUCCACCAUCAAUAAUUUAAUCUAUUUGCUCCAAAGCUGAAGAGAUAUCCUGAAGCUUGUUCGGGAGAGUACACACCAGAGAGAGAGAGAGAGAGAGAGAGAGAGAGAGAAAGAAAAGAGAAAGAAAAGAGAGAGAGAGAGAAAUAUCUUGUAAAGUAGCUCAGUGAGGGAGUUGUCCAAACAUCCCAGAUGACACCACUGUCCUGUUGAAUGGUCUGUUUUACGACUGGGCAGUGAAAGUUCCACCAGGUUAGAAGAGUGAUGACCAUCCUGUUCCUUACUAUGGUUAUUUCAUACUUCAGUUGCAUGAGAGCUGCGCCCCUGAGAGAUGCCCCGGGCAUGCGGGGCCAUCGGACGGACGGCUACCUGGGCGCUGCUGCGACGGCCGCCCGAGGCCACGGGACUCCACAGAGCGGCGGCGGGCCGGGCCAGCGCGGGGAGCUGCCCUCGCUCACAGACACGUUUGAGCAGGUGAUAGAGGAGCUGCUGGAGGUGGAGGGCGAGGCGGCGCAGCUGGGACAGGGGGCUGAUAAGAGCCAGGGAGGUGGGGGCCCGUCGUCUGUGGUCGCCUCAGAGACCAAGGACGUCGACCUGUACGACUCGCGGGUGAUGAUCAGCAACCAAGUGCCUUUGGAGCCGCCGUUGCUCUUUCUUCUGGAGGAAUACAAAAACUACCUGGAUGCUGCUAACAUGUCCAUGAGGGUGCGGCGACACUCCGAUCCCUCGCGACGCGGAGAGCUCAGUGUGUGUGACAGUAUUAGCCAGUGGGUGACAGCUGUGGAUAAAAAGACGGCAAUAGACAUGUCUGGGCAGACAGUUACCGUCAUGGAAAAGGUCCCUGUCCCCAAUGGCCAACUGAAGCAAUACUUUUACGAGACCAAAUGCAACCCCAUCGGGUACACAAAGGAGGGCUGCAGAGGAAUAGACAAGCGGCAUUAUAAUUCCCAAUGCAGGACAACCCAGUCCUACGUGCGAGCACUUACCAUGGAUAGCAAAAAGAAGAUUGGCUGGCGGUUUAUAAGGAUAGACACUUCCUGUGUAUGCACAUUGACCAUUAAAAGAGGGAGAUAGUGUAUAAAAUGUAUAGAUUUUAUUGAAGAGUUUAAAAAAGAGAAUAAAGAGAAAAUAUCUAUUUGUAUAUAUACAUAACAGGGUAAAUUAUUCCGUCAAAUGAAAAUUUUAUGGACUGCAUGUAAAAAAAGAUGAAGUUUAUACAGUAAAGUGAUACUACAGUCUAUUUAUUGAACAUAUUCAUGACCUUGUAAACAAUUAAAAAAAAUCUGAUCAGUCAUUUGCGCCCAGUUUAAAUUACUAUAUCACAUUCCUCAAGACAUUGUGAUUUGUUUACGUUGCCAAGAAUUAGAAAAUGAAGGAAGAAAAAAAAAACCAACACAGGCAAGGAAUGAGAGAGGACCGUUCCAUCUUCAAAAGCUUGC